AUGGGAUCCGAAACGACUCCGGUGUCUUCGACUCUGCGAAAGAGGGUCUUGAAAGUGCUAUUCAUUUCGCUGCUGCUAGACUUGAUAUCCUUCACCUUCAUCCUUCCGCUGUUUCCCAAACUUAUCGAAUUUUACCGCAACCACGAGACGGGAGACCCUAACACCAUCCUUUCCAAGAUUCUCGCUGGUCUCAAUGCAUACAAGAACUCUUUCGCGAAACCUAUCAACUCCCGCUACGACAUAGUCCUGCUCGGCGGCGCACUCGGAUCACUGUUCUCUCUGUGCCAGGCUAUCGCUUCGCCCUUCAUCGGGACGCUCUCAGACAAAUAUGGCAGGCGCACGGCGCUUCUGUGGUCUAUGGUGGGCAACAUCUUCAGCGUAGCGCUGUGGGUUGCAGCGACCGAUUUCCGGACGUUCCUUGCCAGUCGCGUUGUGGGAGGCCUGAGCGAGGGCAAUGUGCAGCUUGCAAUGGCUAUUGCGACCGACAUCAGCGACGACAGCCAGAGAGGCGCGACCAUGGCGCUCGUCGGCGUGUGCUUCAGCAUCGCCUUCACGUUCGGCCCGGCAUUGGGCGCAUACCUGUCCACAUUGCAGGUCAUGGACAAGAACCCAUUUGCCAUGGCAGCAGGCUUCUCUCUAUUCCUGAUCAUCUCGGAAACCAUCUACCUGUACACCAGUCUCCCGGAGACGCUACCUUCGGCGAACAAGGCUCAGAACGGCACAGCAAACGGACAUGGCAAAAGCAGUGAAGCACCGAAUCCUCGUGUUCGCACGAACUCGCAUUAUCUACUCAACGCGACACAUUUUACUUUUAUCCUCUUCUUCAGCGGCAUGGAAUUCUCGCUUCCGUUUAUGACUUACGAUCUCUUCUCUUAUCAGGCGAAGGACUCUGGUCGAUUACUUGGUUUUAUUGGCCUAGUUGCUUCCCUACUACAAGGGUCGGUGGUGCGGCGGAUGCACCCUCUGAAGGUGGUUCAGAUGGGAGUGGUCAGCUGUACAAUUGCGUUUCUCAUGCUUGGAAGGGUUCAAACACAGGGCGCACUGUAUGGAGCGGCCGCACUUCUUGCAGUAACGAGCGCGACUGUCGUCACUGGUCUCAACAGUCUCUCGUCUUUUGAGGCGAGCGCCGAUGAGCGAGGCAAUAAGCUGGGCAAUCAUCGAAGCUUUGGUCAAAUCGGUCGUUCUCUAGGACCCCUCAUAUUCUGCACUUUGUACUGGUGGACGGGCCGCGAAACAGCAUACGCAACCGGAGCCGCCGGCAUGGUCGGAGUCUGUGCAUUGGAAAAAGAAGAUUCUACUCAAGAAAACAUGGAUGCAACGGCGGCCGCUGCAUCUGUGGCAGCUAUUUCCGGGCUAGCAGCAUACGUCAACGGCAAAUACCACAUUGGACAGGAUCUGAGGGCACUGAGGUUUAAGAAAAGAGCGGCUGGCUACUAUGAGGAACUAGUAAGGACUAAACGGCAGUCCCUAUGGUACUCCUUUGCUCCGCAUGUCCCGGUUUACAGUAAUAAUCAAUGCAUCUGGUCCCGCGACAAAACUUACACUUGGCAACAAGUUCACGAUCGCGCCGUCCAAUGGGGAAACUUCUUUUUGACACAAGGCGUGAAACCGGGAGAUAUGGUUGCUACUUAUAUGAUGAACAGCGCAGACUUCAUGGUCAUCUGGCUUGGUCUCUUUUGUAUCGGGUGUGCACCUGCUCAUCUUAACUACAACCUCAAGGGAGAGGGUUUGGUGCAUUGCCUUAAAGUCGCGGGUGUAAAGAUUGUGCUUGUUGACGAGGAAGAGGGGUGUAUGGAGAGGUUCGAAGGCGUGAGGGCAACAGUGGAAGAGAUGGGUGUAACGGCUUUCAAGGUCGACGAAGAGUUGACAAGCAAGGUAUAUCAGGGCAGUACUCAAGUGCCAGGUGAUGAGUACAGAGAGAAUGUCAUUGGUACCGAUCCAACGUGUCUCUUGUACACAUCGGGAACAACAGGAUUGCCAAAAGCAGGAAAGUUCAUGGUAAAUCGUUAUCACGAACGAGGAAAUCCGCAAAACCUGACGUUCGACCAAAAGGCAGGUCCAGAUGGAGAUCGAUGGUAUUGUUGCAUGCCGUUGUUUCAUGGUACGGGGGGCCUAGCGGUAAUGGGCGCGUUGACCGCUGGGAUGAGCGUGGCAAUAGGGCGGAAGUUUUCAGUGAGCACUUUCUGGGAUGAUAUCCACGACUCUCAAUCCACUGUUUUCGUCUAUGUCGGCGAAGCAGCGCGGUAUCUGCUCAUGGCGCCACCACAUCCGAGAGAACGAGACCAUCGACUACGCGCCAUGUACGGCAAUGGUAUGCGCCCGGACGUGUGGAACAGGUUCAAGGAGCGGUUCAACGUCCCAGAAGUCAUCGAGUUCUUCAAUUCUACCGAGGGCGUUCUGGCUAUGGUGGUUCAUAGUAAAGGGCCAUUCACAGCGACAACUGUUGCUCAGCACGGCGCUAUCAUCAGGCGAGCUCUCAACAACAUCUACGUACCUGUGCCCAUUGACCCGGAAACUGGCGAGCUUCUACGAGACCCUAAGACUGGAUUCGUGAAGCGCAACUCUUACAACAAAGGUGGAGAGAUCCUGGUCGCGGUACCGAAUGAACAAGCAUUUGCUGGAUAUCACAACAACCCGAAAGCUACAGCUAAAAAAUUCGAAAGGAACGUGUUCCAGAAGGGUGAUCUGUACUAUCGAUCUGGUGAUGCACUUAGACGGGACGACGAUGGACGCUGGUACUUCCUGGAUCGACUAGGUGACACCUUCAGAUGGAAGAGCGAAAAUGUGUCGACAGCCGAGGUAGCAGAGGUUCUCGGGAAAUAUCCCGGUGUAGGCGAAGCUAUCGUAUAUGGAACCCUAGUCCCUAGGCAUGAUGGUCGCGCGGGCUGCGUAGCCUUACGGCUCGCUGAUGGUGUUAGUCCCGACACGUUUGAUUGGAAAGCUUUGCUGGAUUACUCCAGAAGCAAACUACCGAGAUACGCGGUACCGCUAUUCUUGCGUCUAGUGAAGGAAGCGAGCAACACAGACAACCAGAAGCAGAACAAGGCGCCUUUGCGUGAAGAAGGCAUGGAGAUCGAUAAGUUUGGCACCAAGGUUGUGGGAGGUGGCAAUGAUCUCUUCGCAGAAAACGCCACCGUUACUACCACGUCCAUGAAGGAAGAUAACGGUGCAGGUGUUUUCGCUUAUCAAUGCAUUGCCUUCGUUGAGUCUCGGCGUUUUGAUGACCCAUGGAUCAAUGGCGGAAUCUUUCUGCUGCUUACCAAAAACUAUAACGUCAUUGGCUCGCUAGCGGCCACCAAGGUCCUAUCGCUGUGGACCGCUCCACUUCGCCUCGUUUCUCAACGGAACCAUGAGGACGCAACGGACAUGCUUCGCUCUUAUCGUGUUUUGACUGGUUACACACGUCUCGAAAACAUGGCAGAUCUCGAAAAGCGACUUGUUCGCAAACUCGGUGCGUCAGACGAGGGCUUUACCUUUCCCGAUGUGUAUUGCUGCGCUGCAUACUUCUUCAACUACCUCGAUCGCAGUGCUUUCGCAAAUGCCUAUGUAUCUGGACUGAAAGAGGAUCUUCGACUUGGGGGGAACCAAUACAGCAUCUUGCUUUCCAUGUUCACUGCAGGUAGCUGUGUAGGGCAAAUCCCUCAUGCUUUGAUCAUCCAGAAACUUGCGCCGCGUUUCUGGUUGCCCUUCACACUUUUAGUAUGGUCUGGGCUGACGAUGAGCUCUGCGGCCUGUAAGACCUAUACACAGCUAUGUGUGGUUCGGUUUUUCCAAGGCCUUUUUGAGUCGAGUCUCUACAGUGGCACUAUUUACAUACUCGGUAGUUGGUACAAACCUCUAGAAAUCGCCAAACGAACGGCCAUCUUUACAGCCAUUGGACAAAUAGGCAGCAUGUUUGCUGGGGUGAUGAUGACAGCGAUGAAUGAGAGUCUGCAUGGUCAGACCUCUCUGAAAGGGUGGCAAUGGGUGUUUAUAAUCAACGGCGCUAUGGGUAUUCCCUUCGGUAUCUUUGGACUCAUGUUCUUUCCCAACCUGCCAGAAUCUACGCACGCUCCAUAUCUCAGUAAAGAGGAGAUACAGCUAGCAGUUGACCGCUUGCCACCAAAGAAAGACUGGAGCCAUGACAUCAGCCUUAGGUCCCUCGCCAAACGACUCUUUGCAAAGCCAGAUGUCUACAUAUUCACUCUUUACUCUGCGGUAGCCUGUGCACUGGAAGCCAUUGUUCUACAAGGCCUUUUUCUGCUAUGGAUGAAAGAGAACAUUGGAAAGUUUCCUUCGCAUGCCACGACGACCUACCCGCUAGGUAUCCAGGCAGUCUCCAUUGUCUCCAAUAUCGGGGCAGGCUAUGUUAUUGACAUGACCAAUCGCCGCAUACCGAUGGUCAUACUAGCUGGACUUUUGCAGCUACUCGUCGCAAUUCUCUUGCUCAUACCCAGUCUCUCCACUGCUGGAACAUUCUUCGCAUUCUACUUGGCCGGUACCUCAUACAUUGUAAACCCUAUUCUAUAUGGGUGGGCUAGCGUUAUAUCUCAGCGCGGUGGUGACGACGCAUCUCGAUCGGUCAUUCUUUACAUCAUGAGUAUGGUGCAGUCGAUCUUGUACACGUUUUGGGGCAUUGCGCUUUACCCAGCAAGCGACGCACCUUAUUGGAAGAAGGGUUAUAUCACAAUGAUCGUGGUCGUCUUCGCUUUCUUUGCUGCGACUGCAGCUGUUCAUUGGUUGGACCAGAACUCGCAGAGGGUUGAGAGCGAUGUAGGUGAAGAGUUGACUCACGUGAGUGAAAGGUCGAACAAUAGAAAAGAGGACUAG